GCGUAAAGUAGGCGAUAGUAGGUGGUCGCGCAUGGCAUCUCCGUGGCUGCUCGCGCUCUGCCGUCCUCUGCCGCUGGGUCGCUGCUGAUGCCGAGCGGAGCGGGGCGGCUGCAACCGCACUUCCCAAGAUUGAAGUCGAACGAAACGGGAUAGUAGGCUGAAUGUGAUUAUGGAUCGUCCGAUCCGUUUCUCAUCGCUCGGACAGCUGUAACGUCGGCGGACACGCGUGGAUUCAUCAAAGGGUUGAUGUUUAGGGCUUCACUUGUUUGACAUUCACCCAGCAACAGUAAGCAUUGCACGCUCUGCUGUUUGAUGUGCCACAGAAUGAUCGAAGAAGGCAGCAAACGAGGCAAGGCCAUGGUGGAGAAGAGACAGCUCUUCAUGGAAAUGAGAGCUCAAAACUUUGAUGUAAUCAGACUGUCGACUUACAGGACGGCCUGCAAACUGCGGUUUGUGCAGAAAAGAUGCAACCUUCAUCUGGUGGAUGUCUGGAACAUGAUUGAAGCCUUUCGUGACAACGGGCUCAACACGUUGGACCACAACGCUGAGAUCAACGUGUCGCGUCUGGAGACUAUACUGUCUUCCAUCUACUACCAGCUCAACAAGCGGCUCCCCACCACCCACCAGAUCAACGUGGAGCAGUCCAUCGGGCUGCUGCUCAACUUCAUGGUGGCCACCUACGACAGUGAAAGCCAUGGGAAGCUGACCGUUUUCUCAAUGAAAUCCAUGCUGUCAACAAUGUGUGGAGGGAAAAUUGUGGACAAACUACGCUAUAUUUUCUCACAGAUAUCAGACUCAAGUGGAAUCAUGAUGUUUGCAAAGUUUGAUCAGUUUCUGCGAGAGGUGCUGAAACUCCCAACAGCCGUGUUUGAGGGUCCUUCGUUUGGCUACACGGAGCAUUCGGUGCGGACGUGCUUCCCUCAGCAGAAGAAGAUUAUGCUGAACACGUUUUUGGAUGUGUUGAUGGCAGAUCCUCCCCCUCAAUGCCUCGUGUGGCUACCGCUCAUGCACCGACUUGCUAAUGUUGAAAAUGUCUUCCAUCCGGUGGAAUGUUCAUAUUGCCGGAGCGAGAGCAUGAUGGGUUUCCGAUAUCGCUGCCAACAGUGCCAUGGCUACCAGCUCUGCCAGAGCUGCUUCUGGCGUGGCCAUGCCAAUGGUCCCCAUAGCAACCAGCACCAGAUGAAGGAACACUCGUCUUGGAAGUCUCCGGCCAAAAAGCUGAGCCACGCAAUCAGUAAAUCUCUGGGCUGCGUCCCCAUCGGUGAGCCGCCCCAUCCUGUGUUCCCCGAGCAGGCCGAGAGACCACAGGAUCCCACCCAUACUGUUCAGCCGAAACCAGUGGCCAACAACAUGAACGACACAAUGCUCAUGUCCUCUGGGGCACCUACUCCUACCAAAAGUGUCUUGGAGAGUCCCAGCCGGCUAGAUGAAGAGCACCGCCUCAUCGCUCGAUACGCUGCCCGCCUGGCAGCCGAGGCGGGAAACUCCACACAACAAUGUCCUCCAACAGAUCUGGGCUUCAACUUUGAUGCAAAUAAGCAACAGAGACAGUUGAUUGCGGAGCUGGAGAACAAAAACAGGGAGAUCCUCCAGGAGAUCCAGCGGCUGCGUUUGGAGCACGAGCAGGCCUCUCAGCCGACCCCAGAAAAAGCCCAGCAGAACCCCACACUUCUGACUGAACUGCGGCUCCUCAGACACAGGAAAGACGAGCUGGAGAGGCGCAUGUCGGCCCUGCAAGAGAGCAGACGGGAGCUGAUGGUGCAGCUGGAGGGACUCAUGAGGCUGCUAAAGGAUGAGGAACAGAAGCAGGCUUCCCAGUCUGGAAGCUCCCCUCAUUCCUCCCCUAGUCACGGUGCAGGUUGCUCCAUGCCUAUGCCCAUUCGCUCCACCUCAGCUGGGUCCACCCCAACUCACACACCACAGGACUGCCUGGCAGGGGUGGGAGGGGAUGUGCUUGAGGCCUUUGCUCAGGGUGUACCUAGAAAUCUUCGGAAUGAUCUACUAGUAGCUGCUGACUCAAUCACAAACACCAUGUCAUCACUGGUGAAGGAGCUCCACUCAGUUGAUGACGUGGGAGUGGAAGAGGAGACCAACAUGAGGAACGGUGGGGACAGAGGCACAUUGAGAGUACAGAAGCACUGAAGGCAAGAGGACACCAUUCCACCCUGUAAGGACAUACAGUCAUCAACUGGGAAGAAUCAGUAACAACAACAACAACAACAACAACAACAACCCCUGGCAUUAGCACGUAGAGUAAUGCAUGCUGUAAUCUAACAAGAUUUCACUAUGUGAAAAAAACGUCUCUUCACACCUUGCAGGUAGCAAGAUGUGUCUAAUUAGCGAGUGUCUAUGUUGUCCUGUAAACAAAAUCUGCUGUAAUUACCCAAUGAUUUCCCUCAUGACUGCUAAGGAAUGGCUUGCUGUGCGCCCCCCCCCUGUUCCAUUGCAGCAGAUCAUUCUAUAUAUAAAAUACUACAAACACAUGACCACGGGAACGCCCCGACAUGAAGGCGACAACAUGUUCCCUGUUGUUGCUUUUGUAUGAUUAGCGCUAGUGUUUUUUUUCUCCUUUUUUAUAAUUUCUGCAUGAAGUUGCACUCAAGUCUGGAUUUAGGUACUGUACCACGCUAUGCCAGCUCUCUGUGGGAUUUAUAGUGAUAGCUGGGGUGUCAGAAGUGUCUUGCCUCAGAAUUCACGCUGAGUGUGUUUACUUGCAAAAUCAUAUUCUGAAGUUUGUUAAGAACAAAACAGAAUUCUGGAUCUGCUACACUGUCAAUUAAUAAUAGUUUGACAUUUUGGGAAAUACACUAUAAUUCGACUAUUGUCUAGGAGUUGGAUAAGAUCGAUGGUAUUUCCCAUAUUUGUGCAUCAAAUGUGAAACUUGAGCCAGAAGAUUAGAAGAAGGAGGUUAGCAUAAUUUAGCAUAAAGACUGGAAUUGGGGAAACAACUAGCCUGGCUAAGCU